UCUUUCAGGGAGGAGCUGGAGAGCCUCAUCCAGGAGCAGAUGAAGAAGGGGAACAACUCGUCCCACGUGUGGGCCCUGCGGCAGAUCGCCGACUUCGUGGCCACCACGUCCCCCGCCGCCCUCCCCACCUCCCCCAUGGGGCUGACGGCGGUGACGCCCAUCAACGAUCUGCACGGUCCGGACGCUCCGGCGCUGGCCAAGGGCGAGCGGCUGAUGCGCUGCAAAGUGGGCAGCGUGCACCGCCUGCUGGACCUGUACGGCUGGGCGCAGCUGGGCCACGCCGCCGUCACCGUGUCAGCCAUGCGCUGCGGCGUGCUGCCCAUCUCCCGCGCUGCGCUGCUGCUGGGGGACAUCGCCUACUUCGACUUCCGUGGCGAAGUAGAGGACGAGGCUGACCGGGUCGAGCUGCAGAAGUGCCUCGGCCCCACCUGCAAGAUCCUGGUGCUGCGCAACCAUGGGGUGCUGGCGCUGGGCGACACGGCCGAGGAGGCGUUCUACAGCAUCUUCCACCUGCAGGCGGCCUGCGAGGUGCAGGUGUCAGCUCUGGCGAGCGCAGGUGGGGCGGAGAACCUCAUUGUUCUGGAGCGUGCCAAGCACCGGCCCCACGAGGUGGGCUCCGUGCGCUGGGCCGGCAGCACCUUCGGCCCCAUGCAGAAGAGCCGGUUGGGCGAGCACGAAUUCGAAGCCCUGAUGAGGAUGCUGGACAACCUGGGCUACCGCACCGGCUACACCUACCGCUACCCCUUCGUGCAAGAGAAAAGCAAACCCAAAAGCGACGUGCUCAUCCCCGCCACGGUGACGGCCUUCGUCUUCGAGGAGGAGGCGGUGCCCACCCCCGCGCUGCGGCAGCACGCGCAGAAGCAGCAGAAGGAGAAGACGCGGUGGCUCAACACCCCCAACACGUACCUGCGGGUCAGCGUGGCCGAGGAGCAGCAGGGAGGCCAGAAGACCAAGACGACUUGGCUGAAGGCUGAUGAGGUGGAGAAGGGCAGCAGUGGCACCGCCAUCCGCAUAGAGAACCCCAACCAGUUUGUGCCCCUCUACACCGACCCUCAGGAGGUGCUGGAGAUGAGGAACAAGAUCCGCGAGCAGAACCGCCAGGACGUGAAGUCUGCAGGGCCGCAGUCCCAGCUGCUGGCCAGUGUGAUCGCUGAGACGAGCCGCAGCCCUUCCACAGAAAGCCAUUUGGGGGAUGCUGAGACCAAAAACCCGUCCCAAGAGGAGGUCCCCGCUGAGCCGGAGCCCCCGAACCCCUUCAGCCAGCUCACGGACCAGGAGCUGGAGGAGUACAAGCGGGAGGUGGAGAGGAAGAAGCUGGGGCUGCACGGGGACAAGGAGGUGGAGGAGAGCCAGGCAUCCCCCCCAAAAUCACCACCAGGGUCUCCAAAGUCCCCCAACAAAAGUGCAGCUCCGGAGGGUCCAGAGGGUGACAAGAAGGCAGAGGAUGGCCAAGCGCCGGCUGAUUCCUCUGCCGAGAAGGAGCCACCGGCGGUGGUCAAUGGGAAGGACGAGGAGCAGAGCACUGAGGAAAGCAAAGGGGGGGACCAGACAAGCACCCCGGCCAACCCCGAGCAGGAUGCCCCCAAGGAGAAGAGCGAGACGGUGACCAGCACCCCCGUCUCCCCCGAAGGCUCGCCCUCCAAAUCACCCUCCAAGAAGAAGAAGAAAUUCCGGACCCCAUCCUUCCUGAAAAAGGGCAAAAAGAAGGAAAAGAUCGAAUCUUGAGCCUCCCCCGUGGCUUUGGCCGAGCGUCUUUCCGGACGGAGGUGUCUGUGCCGUGCGUCUGGCUGUGGCGCAGCCAAAAAACCUGGAGGCGAAUGAUUCGGGAGCUCCCGGCACGAGGCACCACGUCCCCCCCGUCACCCGCUUCGGAGGUGGCCACCGAGCUUACGAGAAAUUUUGCCCCUGUCUGCUGCUUGGGGAAAUACCCGCUGCCACCUCCCUGCUCCCAUGAGCACUCCCCUGUCUCUCCUGGGCACCCACCUGGGCUAUGAGGUUUGUUUGUCCCACCCGCUGCUUGUGGAGCCCUCGUGCAACGCGAGGGCACAGCCUGGAUGCGCUUGGUUUUGAGAAAGAAAAGGGUGUGUUGUCGCUGUUUUUGGGUUUUUAAAGAAAACGUUUUGUUUCACGCUCUGCUGGAAUGGCGCUGGCUUCGCCCCUGGCCUCUCUUUGCCAGGGUGGUGGGAUGGAGCCCAACACUGGAGGAUUGCUCUCCCUGAAGGAGAGCGCCUGGGACACUUUCCUUCUCCGACUGCAAUCUUACCCAAAGGCCGUGAGCCACCUCGGUCCCCUUCUCCUGGUGCCACGCUCACACGUUUGCUGCUUGGUGGAGAGCAGCAGGAUUUUUGCACCGCACCUGAGAACACAGAAGACAAAAGAGCCUCGGGGCAGAGUCCGUGGUCAUGUAAAACUGAGCAGACUUCACUCACUAAGUGCUACUUUGGGAUGAACACAUGCUGCCAAUUCACUUCAGUAGGAGGCACUGCCCUGGUCCCCCCGCACCGCGUCGUUGAGUGCCUGUACACGUAAAGAGCACGAGAGCCCCGCACCCGAGGCCGAACCGACGCUUCUCCCAGCUCUGGACUCCCGAGCACACACUGAGAACCUCCCUGGUGUUCCCACAGCCUCUCCUCCCCAUGCCCAACCAUACAAGUGCUUGGCCGUAACCCAAGGGAAGAAGAAAAAGCAGCGAUGCUGGUUUGCUCUGCAGCCUGGAAAAGUCUGGUGGCUUUUUUUUUUGUUUUGGGGGGGGAGAGGGGGUCAUUUAGGCAGAGCGUAGGGCUGCUGCAGGCAGGAGACCGGGAGGAUGAAAUGCGUUUGGGGUGUGCCAAGCAACUUCUAAAAGGAAAAGUCAAACAAUUGCAAAAACACGACCCCAGCAGGAACAUUCUCCCUCAACCCUGAGCUCCAGCACUGGGGUUUUGCAGCCUGAGAGCACGUUUGCUGUGUCUGCUGUCCUCGCACUCUAGCACCGGCGUUAGAGUGCUAGAUCGUUAGAUGUAGAGAUCAGAGAAAGGCUGAAGUUGGAGGGGACCUUAAAGACUGCCUGGUUCCAAGCCCUGCCCUCAGCCUGCCCACAGCCCCGGGCACCUCCAGGGAUGGGGCAGCCCCAGAUCUGGGCAGCAGUGCCAGAACCUCACUGCCCUCUGAGUAAAGAAUCUCCUCCUGAUGUCUAAUCUAAAUCUCCCCUCUUCCAGCUCAAAGCCAUUCCCCCUUGUCCUGCCGCCACCAGGCCAUGUAAAAAGUCACUCUUCCUCCUGUUGCUGAGCUCCAUUGAAGUGUUGGAGGGCUACACGAGGUCUCCCCGCAGCCUCCUCUCCCCCAGGCCAACCCCCAUCUGCUCUCUGCCUUUCUUCCCAGGGGCCACCCACACCUCUUCCUGCUGGGACACCCAAACACCCCCAUUUUCCCUCUCUGCUUUUUCUCCUCUCCCACGCACGGACACAGCCCUCAGCAGCCUCAGGCCCCACCACCUCUCUGGUGGCUUUUUGGCUCCCAUUUCCAGGGCUGUGGCUGCAGCGGAGCCAUCCCAGCCAAGCGCCGGGCUUGGAGUGGAGGAUGAGGCGAAGAAAAGGCUUUGGGGCACCAUCACAGCACUGGAGGACACCUGAAGGCCCCGCUGCAGCCAUGGCGGUUGGCGGCCUUGGGGCUGGGCUGGAGGCCGGUGCCCGACCGUCAGUGCUGGGAACGCUGUGUAACGCCUGCCUGUACAUAAAUAAACCCCGUGUUCGGCCCCAGC